AGAACUAAUAACUUGUAGCUCACUGUAAAUGUGCCAUUCACACAAAACAGUGAUAAACAACAUUAUUUGGUAAACACAAGUCCAACUUUGUUUACUUGAACAAAACUAUAAAAUUUUGUUGAAACUAAGAAAAAGAUGACAACGCUGUGCCGCACCUGUGGCCAGGAGGCGGAGCAUGCCAAGGCACUCUUCGACCAGGAGGGCAGCGACGUCCUGAGCAACAUCCUCAAACUGACUGGCCUUUGGUUGAGGAACCAGACUGGUGUGCCCACGAGGAUCUGCUUAUCCUGCUUGUUGGAUCUGAAUGAUGCCAUCGCAUUCCGCGAGCGCUGCAUCAAAACCAACUCCUCUUGGUUUGAAAAUCGAGGUAAACAAGAGGAUUCGGACACUGAAACUGCUAGUAAAGCCAGGAAUAAUAGGGAAGGAAGUGAGGUGGAUGUUGGGCCCAUUAAUAUCGUGCCGACCAACUUGGCCCCUCCUGCACAGCCACAAAAGAUCAUUCUGCAGAGGAGGAUCCCACCGGAACGAAGCAAGAAAGUGGAUGGAACUUCUCUUAGGGCACUGGAAUUUCCUAAUUAUCCCUUGCUUGUACCGGAAACACCUCAUGUCGAUGUCGUCGAUCCUCUCCGGUGCGAGGAUCCUAUUCUGGUGAAGAACGAGCUCCUGCUUUCAGAUGGGGAAUCCGAGGAUUCCAUAAAUCAUGAAGAGCCAGAGUCUGAAGCACCACAAAUCACAGAGGAACAGCUCAGAUCACCACAAGUCAUCGAGGAAGUACAUAAAAAGCGAAGAAAGCUGAGGAGCAAAGACUCCUUAGAGGAGUGUCCUGGCAAUGAAAUGGCUAAGAAGACGAGUUCGUCAGGCCAGGUGGAGAAUAUUGACUCCAUUACCACUGCCACUGCUGACGAAUUUUCCACCACCAGAAGGAAUAAGAGCAAAGAGGACAAAUAUGCCACUCGAAAUAAUUGGGGGGCUGCCAAAAGAGCCUAUGCACUGGAGCACAGGCUUUAUUUCUGCGACCAAUGCGGCAAAACUUUCAGCGAGAAGGGCAACUUCAAUGUCCACCUCAGACGGCACAAGGGCACAAAGGAGUUCCAGUGCAAGGAGUGCGACCGCAAGGAGUUCACCCAACACCUGCUCAAUUUGCACGUGCGGAUCAAGCAUCGCGGCGAGUUGCCCUACGUAUGCAAGUACUGCGGCAAGCGAUUUGACAACUGCCUCAAGCGCCUGAACCACGAGCGGAACCACAAGGAGAGUCCCGUCCACCGACCACACGUGUGCUCCACAUGCCAGAAGGCAUUUAAGACAUCGACGGCCCUCAAGGACCACAGCGUGGUGCACACGGGGGAACAGCCAUUCCACUGCGAGCUCUGCAAGACGUUCUUUAAUAGGAGGAACGCCCUGGCCACCCACUACAAGUCGAAGCACCAUCGGAUGAAAGUCGAGCAGCAGUCAAAGAAUCCAGGUGGAGACGAAACUGUUCAACCGGAAGGGUAAAUCUUUGGUUUCUUUUAAGCUUUGUUGAGCAUUCAUCCUUGCCUUCCGCUUCAUCGGCUGUUGACAUGAACAUUUUUCCUCUUGAACCCUUUUUUAAAGAAAGCUAGUACAGCAGCAAAAUUAACUCAAAAAAUUGUAAAUUAUCUCCUUUAAGUAUGAAUUCCCGUUACUCAAAGACUGUUAUAAAAAAGGUAAUUGAUGAAAAUCAUAUAACUAUGAAGUAUAUGUAUUCUGUAUAAGGGCGAGUUGCUCCAGCCAUUUCCAUCUGUACAUCCGUAUGAACGGCGAGUACUCGGGAGGCCUAAGAUGUGCAAGAUUGUUUCUGAAGAUUAUAUAAUCAAUAAAAUGUUCAAAUUUCUUCCCGUACUUUGGGUAUCUGAUAGUCGAUGUCUCAACUAGGACAGUUUUGUUUGUAGAUAAGUUAUUGCAUAAUAGUACAUGAUUGUGUUUAAAAAAUAUGCUAUCA